AUGGCCAUCACGAAGCUGACGACAACCUAUGCCUCGGUGACUCUCUACAAGAAUCACACCAUCAGGUACUCCGCCCGGGUCUACAGCAUCAUCGGGUGUCAGAUGGAAUUCCAUGAGUAUCCGAUGGAUGUGCAGACGUGCUCGAUGAUCAUGCAGAGUUUCAUGUAUUCUCCUGACGAAGUGGAAUUCUUCUGGCGCCCUUGGUCUCCCGUUCUCAUCAACAAGGACUUGAAGCUACUGCAGUUUUCCCUCACGAAGCCACUGAAGAAUUCGAUCAACCAGUCUACUUCGGAUGAGCUUGGGGGUGAAUUCAAUGAGGAUUCUGGAAAUCGCCCGGUGCGUCAGCUGAUUGUGGAGUUCCAAUUCUCACGCGAAAUCGGACACCACCUCGUUCAGACCUUCGUACCGUCGUUCCUCGUGGUGGCUUUGUCCUGGUUCAGCUUCUGGCUUGGUCUAGAGGCCAUCCCAGGUCGCGUGACCCUCUUGGUGACCUCGCUUCUCACACUGACCACCCUCUUCACGGGCAUUAAAGAGGGGUUGCCUCCUGUGGCGUACGUCAAGGCUAUCGACGUGUGGAUGGCUGGUUGCAUGGUGUUUGUCUUCGCUGCCUUGGGAGAAUUCGUCGUGGUGCGAGUCCUAAAUGUGAUGCACCAACAGCAUAUAGUGCAUCCGACCAUCCCCGUCCAACCCGCGCAGUCUAUGCUUCGCACCGCCACCGCCUCGCCGACUGACAAGCAUGAACAGACAACUGAAUACCUGCGUCGGUACGGUGUAUUGUCUCACACCGACGCGGAGAGUAACGGCACUAAAACACUCCCGGGACAGAACUACAAGAUUGCUGAUCUCACGCACGGCGAGAACGGCGCCUCCCGCCGCCCUCCCACGCGCUCUGCCCUCCGCUCGGCGUGGGACCUCGAGCAGGGCGGCGUCCAGCCUCUCUCCGGCAAGCAGGUCAUGGGGCGCCUCAGCCUGCACUGGGUCGACGUCAAAACAGGAGAGAAGAAGAUCCUGUGGAAGGAGAUCGACAAGGCUUCUCGGAUCGUGUUUCCUCUGAUGUUCCUUUUGUUUAUGGUUAUUUACUUCCCCAUUUUAAUCUCGAGGUCCUUCUGACGGUAAGCAUCCUACAGGAGCGGCAGAUAAAACUGACGGAGGUUUUUGGCGAGAGGAUAGCAGGUUUGGAAGGCAAGGGAAGAGAGAAAAGAAAAAGAACAGGAUGUUGAUGAAUGAUGAUGAAGUUAGGAAUAAGCAUAAAGGAGAGUGUGAAAUCAAGAGUUGGAAUUAAUAAAGACACGGUAGCUUAGUAUAUGGAAGAGACGAAAAUAAAAGGAAAGGAGAGACGGAUGAAGAUAGAAAAAUGGAAAGUCAACGAAAGAAGGGAUAACUUAGAAUACGGAAUAAACGAAGUAAACGGAAAGAAGAGAGAA